UUAUUUAUUACUUUUUUGUUUUGUUUAUGUACGUUGUGCGUCUAGUUUGGUGAAUUGUUUUUAACUUUUUUUAUUAUUUGUUUAUCAAUGGUGAUCGAAGUUCAAGUUACUUAUUCGGUUAGUUUUAAAUCGCGUUUGGGUGAAAAGGAAAGCCGAAAGUUUCUACAAAAGCGAUAAUGUGAAAAUGUAAACAAAAAGUAGCAUGUCAUUUCCAUAGGGUGCCUUCAAAUGUUUCGAUACUCCUAUAUUUUGAUAUCGGCAUUUAUUUGUUUGAUUGUAUUUUCAUUUUGCAAAGGAAAUGAAAGUCCUCUAUUGUUAUACUCAACUAUGUAUGAUAUUCGCCUGGUGAAUUCAACUAGAGGAUCCAAGCCAGAUGUCAUCAUCAAAAAUACAAAAAAUUUCAAAAAUUUCACCUCUUACAUAGCAACCAUUGAUUACCAUUACACCCAGAAAAAAAUAUUUUGGGCUGAUCAUUACAAUGAAAGUAUUUUCAGUGUGGACUAUUAUGGCAAAGGAAAUGUUACCAAUAAGAUGGAAAUUGUUACCGAUGUAUUCACUCCUUAUGGUUUGGCCUGUGAUUGGGUAACAAACAAAUUAUAUUGGGCUGACAGUGAAACUAAUUAUAUAGAAGUUGCUACUAUUGAGGGGAAGUACAGAAAAGUAUUGUUUUGGUCUGAAAUUGAUCAACCACGAGCGAUCGCAUUAGUUCCAUCUGAAGGUUUCCUAUUUUGGACCGACUGGGGGGAAUUACCGAAAAUAGAAAGGACCAGUUUAGAUGGAAAUCCAAUUUCAAGAAAAGUUGUCGUAUCAGAUAAUAUAUUUUGGCCAAAUGGUCUUACCAUUGAUUAUAAGACCAAUACUGUGUAUUGGGCUGAUGGUAGGUUGAAAUUUAUCAAAAAGAUGGACUAUGAUGGUAAAAAUUUGUGCACCGUUUUGGAAAAAGGGUCCGAAUAUCCGUUUGCCUUAACCCAGUUCGAUUCUAAACUAUUUUGGACUGAUUGGAAAACAGGGUCUAUUCACUACUAUGACACCAAUGGCCAACAAAAACAACCCUUAGAACUCCUACCAGUGCAAAACAACCCUAUGGACAUCCAUGUUUACGACCCUCAACACCAACCAAAUAUAACAAGUCCUUGUCAAACAAACAACGGGGGAUGCUCGCAUCUGUGUCUACUUUCUCAAAAUCCACCAAAAUACACCUGCGCUUGUCCAAUGGGUUUCAAACUAAUGGAUAAUAAAACAUGCUAUGAUAAGCCCCAGGAACUGUUAGUAUUGGCGAAAAGACCUGAAAUACGCUUGAUAUUUUUGGAUUCCCCAGAAUAUAGCUCGAAAGCUCUCCCUCUCGAUGUAAAGUAUUCAAUAGCUGUCGAUUUUGAUCCAGUGGAAAAUUAUAUAUAUUGGUCAGACGAUGAGGAAAAAAAGAUUCAGAAAGCCAAGAUCGAUGGUAGUGACCAGCAGAAUGUCAUCUGGACCGAAAUUCAGCAUCCAGAUGGUAUAGCUUUAGACUGGAUAGCUAGGAAUAUUUAUUGGACUGAUGCUGGGACUGAUAGGAUAGAGAUUUCUACCUUGAAAGGGGGUUUUAGGAAGGUUAUUAUUAUGGAUAAGCUGCAUGAUCCUAGAGGUAUAGCAGUUGCGCCGGAAAUAGGCUGGUUGUUCUGGUCCGAUUGGAAUGAAAAAGAACCAAAAAUCGAACGUUCAGAUUUGGAUGGGACAGAAAGAAUGCAAAUUGUAUCGGAACGAUUAGGAUGGCCAAAUGGAAUAACUUUAGAUCUUGAAAAUAAAAGGAUAUACUGGGGCGAUGCAAAAUUAGAUAAAAUCGAAUAUGCUAACUUAGAUGGCACUAAUCGAAGGGAACUGAUCAAUGAUAAUGUUCCACAUGUGUUUGGGUUUACGUUAAUGGGAGAUUUUAUUUAUUGGACAGAUUGGCAGAGGAGAGCAAUUGAUAGAGCCAAUAAAGAAACUGGUAGCGAUAGAGAAGUGAUUGUGGACCAAAUGGAAAACGUCAUGGGCUUGAAAGCGAUCCAUUUAAACGGCGCUUCUGGUUGGAACCCGUGUAAAAAUAACAAUGGAAACUGUUCACAAUUGUGCCUUUUCAAGCACAACCAACAAAGGAUAUGUGCUUGUCAGAUCGAUUACGAGUUAAAAAGAGAUGGUCUUACUUGUGUCAAACCAAAAGCGUUCUUGCUUUAUUCCAAGAACACCAGCAUCGGCAGAAUAGGAAUUGAAAAUGAGAAUUAUGAAGACACGGUUCCUAUUGCUGGUAUCAAGCAUGUCAGUGCUAUCGAUUUUGACACGAACACAAUGCGUAUAUAUUGGAGUGAUAGUAAAUUACGCACAAUAAUGAGAGCCUUCCUAAACGGCUCCGAUGUACAAAAGGUCAUCGAUUUAGGCCUGACCUCGCCAGAGGGCAUCGCUGUAGAUUGGCUAGGUUUAAAUGUUUACUGGACAGAUCCAGUAUCACAUAGAAUAGAAGUUUCUAGGUUAAUGGGAAGAAGCCGACGCACUUUAUUGUGGAACGAAGCAUAUGAACCGCAUAGUAUUGUAGUGGAUCCUGGAGAAGGAUAUAUUUAUUGGUCGGAAUGGGGAUCGACAAACUCGAUCAAAAAGGCAUCUAUGGACGGCAAAAACCAAUCGAAAAUGGUAGCUACCGAAAACCCCGCUAGUAGCCUUACGCUAGACUACGAAAAGAAAAGACUGUAUUGGACGGAAAAAGACACACCAGCGAUUGUGUCUUCAGAUCUCAACGGAAACGAUCCCAAAAUAGUUGUAAGAGACGAUAUCGUCGAGCCUGUGGGUUUGACUUUGUAUAAAGAUUUUAUUUAUUGGAGCGAUAACAAAACCGGUGAAGUUUUUCGUGCAAAUAAAGCGGACGGAUCGAACAGGGUAAAAGUUCACAAACUAGAUGCCGUUACCGAUCUAUUAGUCCACUAUCAAUAUAAAUCGAGACACACGAAUCAAUGUGCGACUAGUAAUGGUGGUUGUUCGCAUCUAUGUCUCGCCUUGCCAUCAAAAGUAUCUGAAGAACAAGCAGGGUACACUUGUGCUUGUCCGAAUCAUUAUACUUUGAAUCAGAAGGAAUGUAUACCUCCUAUUAAUUUUAUGAUAUACAGCUUAAGAAAUUUAGUUGUUAGAUUAGUUCCAGACACCUCAGAUUGUCCAGAAGCGGUUUUGCCCAUUCAGGGUUUAAAAGCUGUCAAAGCAAUCGAGUACGACCAAAGAACAAAUUAUUUAUAUUGGAUCGACAGUAAAGCACGUUCUAUAAAAAAAUCGGAAGCGACCGAACAAAAAAUGGAGAUGGGAAAACAAAAGACUGAUACGACGGUGGUGUCGAGCCAUAAAGAAUUACAACCUUUCGAUCUCGCGCUAGAUCCCGUCGGUAGACUACUAUUUUGGACUUGCGAAAUUAACGACGUCAUCAAUGUGACGCAUUUAGAAAAUCAAAAUUUAUUCGGAAAUUUGGAAAAACGCGAAGGCGAGAAACCUCGGCUUAUCGCGCUGCAUGUAGAUAAAAGGUUGCUAUUUUAUACAGAUGUCGGUAAAACUCCUCAGUUAGUUAGAGCAAGAUUAGAUGGUUCUCAUAGAAUUGUCAUUACUAAAGCGAAUAAUAUAACGGCGAUUGCUGUUGAUACCGAAAACGAUUUAAUAGUUUGGGCGCAGGGCCAUGGGAUUCAUAUUAGUAAUAUCGAUGGAGAAAAUCAACACGUGGUCCUAAACGAAAGCAACUCUAUAAUAACCCAAUUAGCCGUCCAUUUGGGCUUCCUUUAUUGGAUCGACAAAGAACUGGACCAGCUGCAAAGGAUCGAAAUCCUUUCCGGCAAAUCUCGUUCGACACUGCCAAUACAAGCAUCACACAUACUCGACUUGAUCUCAGUGAAAAAUUACACGGAAAAUCUAUGCUCUAGAGCUACGCACAAGUGUUCACAUUUUUGUAUACAUAAUAGCACUUCUUCGAUUUGCGCUUGUCCGCAGGGAAAGAUUUUGAAUGAAGAUAGGAGGACUUGCUUGGUGCCGCCGCAUUGUGGAGAUGACAGGUUUACCUGCAAUAUGCCGGAGAAGGAUAAAACUGAGUGUAUUCCUAUAGCGUGGAAAUGCGAUCGCCAAAAAGAUUGCGGCGACGGUUCAGACGAAGCGGACUGUCCGAAAUGUCUUCCUGAUCAAUUCCGUUGCCUCAACGGACAGUGUAUCGACAAGAAAAAUUACUGUGACAAUUAUCCGCACUGCAGCGACAGAUCCGAUGAGAAAAAUUGUUGCGAAAACGGUUUUCAGUGUCCUCAAACUGAAGUGUGUCUUCCAUCGUCGCUAGUUUGCGACGGAAAUGAAAAUUGCGCUGACGGAUCUGACGAGAAAGAUUGCAGAGUAGCUGCGAAACCAUCUACGUCCACUGUAGUGCUAGGAGUACUAGCAGGCAUAUUAGUAUUCGCCUUCAUAUCAUUCUUCGUAUUCCGGAAAAUAUUAUCGCCUAGAGAUGAGAACGUCAAUGAUCAAAUCGGAGAGUCCCUGAAUCCUUUACAUCCGAACGCCGCUGGAAAUCUUAAAUAUCGAAAAGGUAUACCAGACAUCGUGAGAAUGUCGAUGUUAAACGACAGCGGUUGCCCUUCUUCGUUUGAUCGUCGUCACGUCACUGGUGCUUCGAGUAGUUCAAAUACUAACGGUUCAAGUGUCACUGGAUAUCCGUGCGAAACGCUUAACCCUCCGCCCAGUCCUGCUACCACGGCAGCUUCAACAAGAGGUAGCAGCCCCUCCAGGUACCGUCCGUACCGCCAUUACCGUACCAUCAACCAACCGCCUCCGCCGACACCCUGUUCUACGGAUAUUAACGACGAAAGCGACUACAAUUACCCGACGCGCGGCAGAUACGACGCCGGUCCGUUCCCGCCUCCGCCCACUCCCAGAUCCGUCUGUCAUCAAGAAAGUUGCCCUCCGUCGCCAAGCUCUCGAUCUUCCACUUAUUUCAGCCCUUUGCCUCCUCCGCCGUCGCCUGUGGCGUCUCCUAGAGGGGGGUACGACUCAUGACAUAGAAUGUCGAAGAUUUUGUUGAGAUUAAGGUGUAAAAAAUAUGUGCAAUUUUAUAUUUGACACUAGAUAAAAAAAAUAUAUUAUUUAAUACUGUUAA